AUUGAGGAGGAUUGUGUUUGAAGCUCAAAACCUACUUAGAUCACCAUCAUGGGUUGUGGAUGGUGGUGGAGACUGAUUAGCACAGCCAUUACUGGAAUUCUCUGUUUUCAUGGACUCUGUCACGCCCAAAAAGUUCCAAACUAUACAUUUCUUAAACAAGCAGAUUCAGAGCCGGCGGUGUCAUAUUACGACUAUAUCAUAGUCGGCGGAGGAACUUCCGGCUGCCCAUUGGCCGCAACACUUUCUCACAACGCCAGUGUCUUAUUGAUCGAGAGAGGAGGGUCUCCCUACGGCAACCAAAACAUAACCAAUUUAGGAUCCUUUGGUGACACCCUAGCCGACACCUCCCCAACCUCUGCCUCCCAACGCUUCGUCUCUGAGGACGGCGUCUUCAACACCCGUGCACGCGUUUUAGGAGGCGGAAGUUGCUUGAACGCUGGGUUCUACACCCGGGCCAGCACUGACUACGUCAGGGACGCUGGGUGGGAUGGUGGACUAGUGAACCAGUCCUACCAAUGGGUUGAGAAGAUGGUGGCCUUCAAGCCCCCUAUGCUUCAGUGGCAAUCCGCCGUUAGAGAUGGACUAAUUGAAGCUGGUGUGUUACCUUAUAAUGGCUUCACUUAUGAUCACAUUUAUGGGACUAAGGUUGGUGGAACUAUCUUCGAUUCUAAUGGCCAUCGACACACUGCUGCUGAUUUGCUUCGGUAUGCCAACCCCAAAGGGCUCACAGGUCUUCUACAUGCCACCGUUCACAGAAUCUUGUUUAGGACCAAAGGGAAGAUAAGACCGAGAGCACAUGGAGUGGUGUUCAGAGAUGCAGCAGGAGUGAAACACAGAGCCUACUUGAAGAAGGGGUCGAUGAAUGAGAUAAUCAUAUCAGCAGGAGCCCUUGGAAGUCCACAGCUGUUGAUGCUGAGUGGGGUGGGUCCAGCCAAGCACCUUAAGUCCCACAACAUCAAGGUGACAUUGGACCAGCCCUUGGUGGGUCAAGGAAUGGCGGACAACCCCAUGAAUGCCAUCUUCAUCCCUUCCCCCAACCCUGUUGAGGUUUCUCUCAUUCAAGUGGUGGGCAUUACUAAACUCGGAAGCUACAUUGAAGCUUCUAGUGGAAGCAAUUUUGCUCAGACCUCAACCUCUCCUAAGAGAGACUUUGGGAUGUUCUCACCUCAGACUGGGCAGUUGUCGAUUGUACCCCCAAAGCAGAGGACACCAGAAGCUAUAGCAAAAGCAACAGAAGCCAUGAAAGCUCUUAGUAAUGAGGCUUUCAGAGGGGGGUUCAUCUUAGAGAAGGUCAUGGGUCCUAUUUCAAGAGGGCAUCUUGAGCUCCGGAACAGAAACCCAAAGGACAACCCGUCAGUCACCUUCAAUUACUUCAAAGAACCAGAGGAUUUAAAGAGAUGUGUUGAUGGGCUUAGAACCAUAGAGAAGGUGAUUGAAUCCAAGGCCUUCUCCAAUUUCAGGUACCCAUAUCUCUCCACACAAGCCCUCAUCAACAUGACCUCAAAUUACCCAGUGAACUUGAGACCAAGGCAUGACAACGAUUCGACGUCGUUGGAGCAGUUCUGCAAGGACACAGUCAUGACCAUAUGGCAUUAUCAUGGAGGGUGUCAAGUGGGCAGGGUUGUUGAUCGGGAUUAUAAGGUUCUUGGAAUAGAUGGAUUAAGGGUUGUUGAUGGCUCCACCUUCCAUGACUCCCCUGGUACAAAUCCUCAAGCCACUGUGAUGAUGCUUGGAAGGUAUAUGGGAAUCAGGAUUCUAAAAGAGAGAUUUGAAAGGAAAAGCUCGAAUUAAGAUAUGAUCAGAGGGUCCUGCAUUUAAUUAAUUAUUAAGGAAUUAGUAAUAAGUGUCUGUGCGUGUGUUGUUGUGUAUUAGUG